AUGCCAAGUUUGUUCAAACAGGGAGACAUAAUGAUGGGGGGUAUUUUCCCGGUUUUCAACAAAGAGAUAAGCAGCACUUCUACGUUCAAGAGCGAGCCGCCUGGAGUGAAGUGUGCAGGAUUUGACCUGCGAGCUUUUCGAUGGACCCAAGUGAUGAUAUUUGCAAUUGAAGAAAUCAACAAAGAUCCUGCUCUCCUGCCAAACAUAUCUCUUGGCUAUAGGAUCCUUAACUCCUGUGCAUCUCCUACAAAUACUUUACGUGCUGCACUAGCACUGGCUAGUGGACCAGAGGAGAUAGAACUGAAUUCCCCUUGUCCUCCAGCUAUAUCUGCCCUCAUAGCAGAGUCGGGAUCAUCUCAGUCUUUAGCUGUCGCUGGAACUCUUGGACCAUUUCAAGUACCGAUAGUAAGUUACUUCUCAACAUGUGCCUGCCUGAGUGAUAAAGCUAAAUAUCCUACAUUUUUACGAACAAUCCCCAGCGACUACUUCCAGGCAAAAGCUUUGGCAGCACUGGUCAAACGUUUUGGCUGGCAGUGGAUUGGGGCCAUACAGUCAGACAAUGACUACGGGCGAAAUGGGAUCCUGGCUUUUACUGAGGAGGUUAAAAAGCUUGGGGUUUGUAUUGCAUUUGUCGGGACAAUUCUUCGUACAUACACUGAGGAUAAAAUUCUGGAUGUCGUGGAAAUCAUUAAGCAGUCAUCUGUCAAAGUCAUUCUGGCUUUUGUUCCAGAGGGUGACUUUUACCCUUUGAUGAAAGAGAUUGUGAAACAGAACAUUACAGGAAUUCAGUGGAUUGCCAGCGAGGCCUGGAUAACAGCAAGUCGACCCUCCACACCUGAAAUCUACCAAGCUUUUGGUGGAGCCCUAGGCUUUGUUGUGCAGAAGAUGGCUAUUCCAAAUCUAAAACAAUUCCUUACAGGCAUUAGCCCUUACACUGAUCCAAGUGCAGCUUUUGUGAGGGAUUUCUGGGAGAUUAUGGUGGGCUGUCGACCUGUUUUACCUGGGGAAGACACAGGUACUGAAGCAACGACUGAAAAAUGCACAGGCUAUGAGACAUUAAUGAAUUCCCGGGAUAUGUUCUUCAAUGUCACACAUCUCAGAGUGUCCUAUAAUGUGUAUAAGGCAGUGUAUGCCAUUGCGCAUGCCCUACAUCAGUUGGUAUUCUGCAAACCAGUCGGAGAAAAAACAGUGAGGUCAUGUUUGAAUACGUCAGAAAUUCAGCCAAAAGAGGUCACUGAUCAACUUCACAGGGUGAAUUUUAGGAAUCAGUUUGGAGAUGAUGUGUUUUUUGAUGUCAAUGGUGACCCUCCUGCUUCUUAUGACAUUAUUAACUGGCAGCUGAUUGAUGGGCAGGUGCAACAUGUCACACUGGGUCAUUUUUCCUCUGCUGCUAACAGUGAGUAUAAGCUCAGCAUCCGGGAGGAAGAAAUUGUGUGGAGGACAGGGAGUAUGGUUCCGACGUCGGUGUGCUCAAAUGUUUGCCCAGCAGGAACCAGGAAAGCUCAAAUAAAGGGAAAACCCACCUGCUGUUUUGACUGUAUCCCAUGUGCUGAUGGAACUAUAGCCAACUCAACAGGUGCAGCCGACUGCACACCAUGUACACAGGAAUACUGGUCCAAUGAGAGGAAAGAUGAGUGCAUUCCUAAAACAAUUGAGUUCCUGACAUAUCACGAGCCGAUGGGAAUAACUAUCACAGUUGUAUCCCUGCUUGGGGCCUCCCUGUCUCUGGCCACAAUGAUGGUCUUUAUCCGCUUCAGACAGACUCCUGUGGUAAAGGCCAGCAACACUGAGCUGAGCUGUUUCCUGUUGUUUGCUCUUUUUUUGUGUUUUCUCUGCCCCCUCACUUUCAUCGGCAGACCUACAGUCUGGACAUGCAUGCUGCGCCACACAGCUUUUGGUGUGACAUUUGCACUUUGUAUUUCCUGUGUCUUGGGAAAAACUAUUGUUGUUGUUACAGCUUUCAAAACCACAUUUCCUGGCAGCAAAUUUGCAGGAAAGUUUGGUCUUGCACAGCAAAGGAUCAUAGUUUUCUCCUGCACUUUGAUUCAGAUAGUAACAUGUGUGUUGUGGCUCAAGUUAAACCCACCUUUCCCAGACAUGGUUUUCAGAUACAGCAAUAAGAAGAUUGUUUUAGAAUGUAACACGGGCUCUGAUGUUGCUUUCUAUGCAGUGUUUGGGUACAUAGGGAUCCUUGCAAUAAUAUGUUUGGUCCUGGCAUUUCUAGCAAGAAAGUUGCCCGAUAACUUUAAUGAAGCCAAAUUUAUCACUUUCAGCAUGCUAAUAUUCUGUGCGGUCUGGAUCACCUUUAUCCCAGCGUACGUCAGCUCUCCUGGGAAGUUCACUGUAGCUGUGGAAAUAUUUGCAAUUUUAUCUUCAGCAUUUGGCUUAUUAAUUAGCAUUUUUGCACCUAAAUGUUACAUAAUAUUGAUCAAGCCAGAGAAAAAUAUCAAGAAACAUGUCAUGGGAAAAAAUAUGAACCAUAAUCUAUGA